GAUCUGCGCGUGGCCAUGACCGGCAUGAUAAAGAACCGGACGGCUUUUCGGCGAGGAAAACGGCUAAUGGGCGAAAGAUGAGGAGAAAAACAAUAGCAAAGCGCAUCCUGUACAAUGGAUACGAGGGAUACGAAGAGACACCCGCAGAAACCGUCGCGAGGGCGAACCACGUCCUCAGUCAAGAGCCGGCGAAGAGGAGAAAAUGGAGAGAACUAAAUGGAGAGGACAUCUCAUCUUGCAAUGCUGACUAUAUUAAGUUCAAAACAAAGGCUUUUGAGGUUGACAAACCCCUUGGAGAUGCAACAAGGGGUGCAGAUUUUACUAUGGAGGUGCUCGGAAGUCUCCAAUCACGUUCAAGGGCGGAGCUUAUCGCCAUGGUGUUGAGUAUGCAGAGGGAGAUGGACGGCCUUCGAGAGCAAAUCAGAAGCCUUACAGCUUGUGGGAAGUUGGCUCAGACACUUGAAGAGCUGAUCGAGAAGAGUGAUAGAUGGCUGUGCAGCAGCCACAAAGCUGCAACUCCCAGCAUUCCAGAGGAGCUCGAGAGAAGCAGGCCACCCAGUCACAUUUCUCCUCCAAGGGUGCUUAGUGGAAGAACAGCUGAAUGUGCAAGUUCAGAGCAGCAGGGGUGUGGUCAGUAUGAGGUCACACAAACAAUGCCUCAACGGAAUGGAACGCUUCCCGAACAAAAAGUUAUCACUGCUGAUCUCCUGGAGCGCUGCAACACAGGGACCACCGCUCAGAAACUCACCAAUGACCUGCUGCGCAGCCUCUACGACAGAGACUGUCUGGCCUCUCACUCAAUCUCAGGCAUCGUCAACAGCAAGCGAGGGAUGCCUAAGCCAGCUCUUCCGGCACAUGAGAUCCAGGCCAUUCUGAGGACAGUGCAGCGGUUCUUCCCCGGAAAGACUGAUUCUGAAAUAAAGGGCUACAUACGACAGAAGCUUCAGAAUGAGGCCAAGAGGCUUCGGAAAAGGCCACACCCAGCUGAUGAUCCAUUGAUUCUGUUCGUAGAAGCUUAUCAAAUCGGCUGCACGAAAACGCACACGUUUUUUGCCUUUCCAGACAGAAGCACGCAGGCUCCUGAAGGCCAACGGCUGUAUUGGGGUUCGGGAAAAAAGCGGCGUCGCACUGGGAACAAUAUCUUCACCGAUCCAGCCAUCUUACAGACUCUGCCUCAGAACGAAACGGGAGAAGCCACCCAGAAAGCGAUGACCUCUGACCUUGUGCUGCCGGGCUCUGGAGCUGUGGGGAGAAAAGCUGAAGGACAGGGAGAGAGGAGACCAAACCCUCCGGGCCUGUUCUGGACUCAGUGGACAGCUACUGCCCAGGUGUAA